AUUGGGUUAUUUUAUUGUUUAGAAGAGAAAAUAAUGGAAAGAGAAUAAGGGCAAAAAGGCAAAGCAAAUGCAACGCCCAAAGGCAAAGAGAAAGAAAAGGGAAGUCCGCUUAGAAAACAAUAUAUUAUCAAACGCUCACUCUCAAACUCCCCAAACCUUCUACUCUACGCUUUCUUCUUCUUCAGAUUCAAAACACCCAUGUACUUAUCGGAGAAACCCCGUCCUAUUGACUUAUACAAAGAGGAAGGUCCCGCCGCCGCCCCCCGCGACAUGAUCAUCGAGGUCACCUCCAAUGGGGAUUUGCCACCUCACCACCACCACCACCACCCUCCUCCUCCUCACCACCACCACCAACACCAACAACAGCAACAGCAACAGCAAAUGAUCUUAGGUGAAAGCAGCGGCGAAGAUCCUGAAGUCAAAGCCCCCAAGAAACGAGCCGAGACAUGGGUUCAAGACGAAACCCGUAGCCUUAUCGGCUUCCGAAGAGAAAUGGACGGCCUUUUCAAUACUUCCAAAUCCAACAAGCACUUGUGGGAGCAGAUUUCCGCUAAGAUGAGAGAGAAAGGGUUCGAUAGAUCCCCCACUAUGUGUACCGACAAGUGGAGGAACUUGUUGAAAGAGUUCAAGAAAGCUAAGCAUCAGGACAGAGGGAGUGGGUCGGCCAAGAUGUCUUAUUAUAAGGAAAUUGAAGAGAUUUUAAGGGAGAGGACCAAAAAUUCCUACAAGAGUCCGACACCUCCUCCUAAACCCGAUUCCUUUAUGCAUUUCGCUGAUAAGGGUUUUGAGGAUGCUGGCAUUUCAUUUGGUCCUGUUGAAGCUAGUGGUAGGCCGACACUUAAUCUUGAAAGACGUUUAGAUCAUGAUGGACAUCCUCUUGCUAUCACUGCAGCUGAUGCAGUUGCGGCGAGUGGAGUUCCUCCUUGGAAUUGGAGAGAGACCCCGGGAAAUGGUGGGGACUGCCAGUCAUAUGGAGGAAGGGUUAUAACUGUCAAGUACGGGGACUACACCAGAAGGAUCGGUAUAGAUGGAACUGCUGAUGCCAUUAGAGAGGCAAUUAAAUCUGCAUUUGGAUUGAGAACAAAGCGAUCAUUUUGGUUGGAGGAUGAAGACAAUAUAGUACGCAGUUUUGACAGGGAAAUGCCUUUAGGGAAUUAUACACUCCACCUUGAUGAAGGUUUGGCUAUAAAAGUGUGCCUUUAUGAUGAGUCAGAUCAUAUACCAGUCCACACUGAGGACAAGAUUUUUUACACAGAAGAUGAUUACCGUGAAUACCUAGCCCGUCGAGGCUACACAGGUCUCAGGGAUAUUGAUGGAUACAGAAGCAUAGAUAAUAUGGACGACUUACGACCUAAUGCUAUUUAUAGAGGAGUGAGCUGAUUACCAGUACAUUGUGCUUUGCACAAAUGCAGCCCUCUCAAGAGGCUAUAUGAAGUUGCUCUUGACAAUACGUGUAUGCAUGUCAGAUAUUCUAUUAUUCACUCUGCUGCAUUAUAAAGAUUUGUAUGCUGUUUGCAUUGUACUAAUCCACUCAGCUGUAAAUAGCUUGUCGUCUGAUGUUUCUUCUCAGGACAUCAGAUCCAGUUUCCAGUGCCGGUUCUGUUCAUGCAGCCUGGAUGUACGUUGUCUGUAAAUAUGCUUUUCAGAUUAAUUGCAGGUCUGCAAUUUGAAAUUGAACUCCAAA